AUGGGCACACCUCCAACACCGGCGGUAGUCGACGAAAAGACACCAAGCUCAACCGACGAUGUCUCUCCCGAGCCAACAGAUACCACUCUUGCCAGUAACGGCAAUGUCAUAGACGACGGCCUGCAGCGCGGCCUCAAGAACCGCCACCUACAAAUGAUCGCCUUCGGCGGCGUCGUAGGAGCCAGCAUCUGGUACGGGACCGGGUCCGCGAUCGCGUACAGCGGGCCCGUCGGCGCGUUGAUCUGUUUCCUGAUCAUCGGCGUGGACGUCUUCUUCGUGAUGCAGAGCCUCGGGGAGAUGACCACGCUCUUCCCGGUGCAGGGCGCCUUCAUCGAGCUGGCGGGCCGCUUCGUCGACCCGGCGCUCGCCUUCAGCCUCGGCGUCAACUACUGGUACGCGUGGGUCACCAACAUCGCCAACGACUACAACAACAUCUCGCUGAUCAUGGGGCUGUGGACCUCCGCCGUGCCCUCCUACGUCUGGGUCCUGAUCUUCUGGGUCGGGUUCCAGUGCACCUCGCUCCUCGGCGUCGUCGUCUACGGCGAGAUGGAGUUCUGGCUCGCGUGCUGGAAGCUGUUGUGCGUCGUCGGCGGCUUCCUCGUCGCCAUCCUGAUCAACACGGGCGCCGUCGGCGGGUCGUACAUCGGCUUCCGGUACUGGCGCGACCCGGGCGCGAUCGCGAACGGCAUCUCCGGCUUCGGCCGCACCUUCGUGCUCGCCGCCGUCUACUACAGCGGCACGGAGAUGCUCGCGCUGACCGCGGCCGAGAGCCGCGACCCGGCCCGCGACCUGCCGCGCGCCAUCCGCCAGACCUUCUACCGCAUCCUCGUCAUCUUCCUCGGGCUCGUCUUCUUCGCCGGCAUCAUCGUGUCUUCCGACGACCCGGGCCUGCUAACCGCGACCAGCAAGUCGGCGCAGUCGCCCUGGAGCAUCGCGUUCGCGCACGCGGGCUGGGCCGCGGGAGGCAACCUGGUGAACGUGGUCAUGAUCACGGCGCAGCUGUCCAGCGUCAACAGCGCGAUCUACGUGGCCUCGCGGGCCCUCGCGGCGCUAGCCGCCCGCGGACGCGCCCCGGCGUUCUUCGCGAAGACGACGAAGAACGGGGUCCCGGUCAAUGCGAUUGUGUUCUCGAACGCGUUGGGACUCUUGUCGCUGUUGAACAUCGCGGCGACGCCGGGGAAGGUGUUCACAUAUCUGAUUACGAUUUCCGGCGAUGCGACGUUCAUCGCGUGGGCGAUGAUCGGGGUCACGCAUAUACGCCUGCGCCGGGCGUGGGUACGCCAAGGACGCGGGAUAGAGGAGUUGCCGUAUAAGGCCUUCCUGUACCCAUACGGCGCGUGGUUUGUGGUGGCGCUCAAUGUCUUCUUGGUUUUCAUUUCCGGGUAUGAGGUUUUCGUAGACGGCUUUCACGCGGUGGACUUCGUCUUCUCGUAUGUCGUGAUCGCGAUUUUUGUAGUCUUGUCUAUCGGCUGGAAGAUGGCGAAGGGGACGAAGAUUAUAGGAGCCGCUGAGGCUGACCUCGUUACUGGUAGACGAGAGUAUUUGACGGGGGAAGCUCAAGGUGGCCCCUCGGAAAAGACUAGUAUCCCAUGGUAUAUUAUAGUUAAACGGUUUCUCUUUGGCUAA